GUAUUGCGCUGAAGGAGGUCUUGGCAAUUCAUCAAGGAUGCCCUCCAUUUCCAUCAGGCCUGGGUGACCUCUGCCACCUCUGGAGCUCUGUGAGCAGCCGUACGGGAUCGGAAGAUGUCAAGGUUUUGGUGCAUUUUAUUCCUUGGCAGCUGGCUGGCGUGGUCAGGAGGAGCUGCUGGCCCGGGAGCUGUCAUCAGGAUCGACCUUGGAACGAUUGACCACGCAGUCUCCACUGCUCUGAAUGAGAGUGAUGUUCUGCAGAAAAUGGCAGAGGAAGCCGCAAAAAAAAAGGCAAACGCCAAACUCAUCAAAGGCAUCUCGGGGCUGAAAGUGAAAGAUCUCCGUCCCCCGGUGAUAUCGCUGAUGCUCUCGCCGGGCCUGGGGCUCUUCAUGGCCGUCUUAGUCCAAAUGACCAUCACUGGGAAAAGCUUCAUAGGAGGAAACAUGGAAAUCGCUCUGGCCGCAAACCUGACAGCCAGCAGCCGGCUGUGGCAGGACGCCGCGGGCAUCCCCAGGUUCAGCUCCAGGAACUGCCACAUCGCUCUCGUUAGUGUUAAAACCAAGGUCCCCAGCAGCGUGCUGCCCAAAGUCAUGAGCAAGUUUCUGGACAGCACCCUUCAGAAAGUGCUGCCAUGUCUGCUGUGUCCAGCCGUGGAUGCAGUGCUCAACCUUGUGAAUGCAAAAUUCACCACCAUGACUUCCGAGAUCCCUCUUGGGACUGCUGGGACCCUCCAAUACGCUUUGCUGAACCCCCCAGUGACGAGUGAAACUUUCAUAGAGCUGGAUUUGAAGACCAUUCUCCACCAAAAGGAGGGAAAAGAGGUUGGCCUUCCCACGGACAGGUCGCCUCUUGCUUCUCUGCCACCAAAGAGGGAUGCUGCUACCCAGCUCAUCCUGUCUGCAAACUUCUUGAGUGCUGCGCUCUCUAUUCUGCAGACAUCCUUCAACCUGGAGAUCAGCAAUAACAUGGUUCUUGGGCUUCCCCCACUGGUCACUACGAUGCUGGGAGCCCUCAUCCCCGAGAUUUCCAGGGUGCUGCCCCCAUCACAGCCAGUGGUGAUUGAAAUGCGAGAAGCGAAAGCACCAGUGGUGACCAUAACCCCAGACAAAAGCCUUGUGCAGCUCUACAGCACCGCCGAGUUUUGGGUUUCCCCUUCAGACUCUGCUCCCGAAUCCCUCUUUGUCCUGGAUAUUCACAGCAACCUGGAGGUGCAGUUUGCCAUUGCAGAAGAAAAGCUGCGGCUCUCCCUCGCUCUGCAAAGUCUGUCUCGGGUGGCCUUGGCGUCCUCCUCCCUCGGGACGUUUGACGAGCUUCCGCUGAAAGGAGUUUUGGCAGAUAUUAUUCAUGUGGCUUACGUGCCAUUGAUCAACAGGGUGCUGUGCGGAGGGAUCCCCCUGCCCGACCUGCUGGGCAUCACCUACCAGCGGGCGAACAUCAGCGGGUUCGAGAAUGCUCUAGUGCUGGAUGUGCCUGCCACGGAGACCUGAGGUACGGCUGCAACAUUCCGCUGCUGCAAGGACCCAGCAGGACCAGGUGGGAGAAAGAGCAGCAAGGGUGCUGGUGUUCCUGGGGCAUUUCUUCCUCUUUCCUUCACUUUUCAGUAGUUUGACUCCACAAGCUGAAAUAAAAAGACCCCACCACCCCACAGCGAGACUCUGGCCUGUUGCGCAUCUAGUGGAGCCAGCUGGGCAUGUCUGGGCAGAGGUGGUAUUUCUUGAAAGGACUGGUCCCUAAAUAAAUCACAUUUGCACCAGAAAGAGCACGUGCAUUAGCGUGCUGCAGGCAGCAGCGUGGGCUGCCGUCGGGGUGCAGCACCCACAUCUCCUGCAGGAGGGGGGGUGCCAGAAGGGGACCCCCCAGCUCCUGGGGUGCCUGCGCUGCGAGAGGAGGGGAGUGUGUCUGCAGUCAUGUGUGGGGAUUAGGACUGCUUGGGAUGAGUUAGAGAUGGGCAUUUAGACAUCUCCCUGUGUUUUUUAAUAUUUCAGAAGUGCCUAGCAUCGUGGUUUAUCGGCUGCAUUGCAGAUAUUGAUCCCAAGCGUAUAGUUCACUGAUUGCUGGAUAAUUAUCUGUUGUUAGUAAGUCAAUAAACAGCUUCGAUCCUGA